GAACACUUGCCCUGGUAGGUAUAAAAACCACGCAGCUGAAUCAUAAGUUAGCAGCGCGAACACUGCGAUUCUUCAACCUCAUACCAAGAAACACAACUGUUGCAGCAAAGACCAUUCGAUCGUUCAAGAUGUCCCAGCCCAACAAGCAAGACAAGCCCAGCCGUUCGGACAACAAUGACGAUGAGAUGAAGGGGAUGAGCAAAUACCAAAUUGUCAAGGAAGGUUGGGGAAACAGACCGAACUUCCAGGCUUCCUACGGUCUGAAGAUGACACCAGAAGAUAUUGAGGAAGGCAACCGCAUCCUCGAAACUUUCCAGGAGCUAGAUGACGCGAAGACCAAUUCGGAGCAGAACCAGCAGGGCAAGACUGGGAAGAAUGCUUGAUUCUACAUCAGCGGUUUUUCUGUUCGCUGGAGGCCUUACUUAGACAAUGCCUCAGGUUCAAUCCAGACGGGCAAAGCGACAAAUUGAUGCUCUUGAAUUGAAAUGUGUAUUAGUUUUGUAGUCAAUUCUGAUAUGAAAUGCAUGCUAGUUAACGUCCG